CAGUUACUACCUAAUGCAGCAGCGUGAUGAUGCAUUGGUGCGUGGGCGUUAGACCUCACAUCCUAAGAAACCUCCUAGGGUUUGUCCGAAAAACUCCACCCAUUUCCCCGCCUAUAGCAAGACUCAGAGGUCCUGGGCCUGUAGUACUGAGGAGAGGCUACAUGGAGGAAACACGUGGCAAUGAGUCUAUUACAACUGAGAUUAAAACUGAUAUGAAAGAAGCCCUAGAGUUUGAAGGAGGAGCAAGUUCAUCAUCAGCCGAAGUUAAAAAGGAAAUGGUUGGGCAGGGGGAGGAAUCGGACGAUGAAGAUAGACUGAAAGCAGUUCCGGGUGGAUUCACGUCGGAAAUAUUUAAAAUAGAAAUUAAAAACAUUCCGGCGUAUGUUGGAUACAAGCAAAUUCAAAAAAGAUUAAAUUCAUUGAAUCUUGAGCCGGUAAAAAUAAAGAUAAUUCAAAACAUGUAUGCACAGUGUUUCGUCACUUUUAAAAAUGAAGAGCAAAGACAGUUGGCAUUGUCAGUGAUCAAUGGCCAUGUCUGGAAGAAGAAGAAACUGAAAGCAAUUCAUGCUAAACCUGCCAAAGACCCAUUACUGGUGGCAAGAAAGCGUAAAAUUGAUGAAGAUAAGAUUACUCCCAGUAAAAGACUAUGCAUUGCUUCGAUGACUGAAGAAGAGCGCAGAGAAAAAUUAUUUGACUCAGUAACUGCACUAUGGAGAUUACCAUAUAGCAAGCAAUUAGAACAGAAACAUACUACUAUUAAGGAGUGGUUGGUGACUGCUGCUAGACAGCUCAAUAAGAUUAAACCAGGAGAAUGGUUCCGUGAGCAUAUGAAAUCAAAUAAUGGUCUCCUCUGUCAGUUAUUACCAAUAAAAUCAUCACUUGUCACUGAAGCAUAUCGGAACAAAUGUGAGUUUAUAAUUGGAUACGGACCCUCUCGCGAAACAGUAAUUGGAUUCAUGCCGGGAUCGUUCCUAGAAGGUGAUGUUAGUUUGAUGUCACCACGUGAAUGCAUUAAUGUAUCUCAGUAUUCGAAGGAUGUUGUACAGGUAUUUGAAGACUUUGUGAAGACGUCGGAUUAUAAAGCAUACGACUUAGUGACACACACAGGUAAUUGGAAGCUACUCACAGUUAAAGAUUUUACAAGUAAAGAGAGAAUGAUAAUUAUCACAUUCAACAAAGGCAUACUGUCAGAGGAGGAGAUUGAUUUGGAGAAGAAAAGAGUUAUCAAAUUAUUCCAAGAGGGAGAAGGGAAGGGAUUAUGUCCAACCUCUCUCUACUGGUUGACUGUAGCUCACGGCAGGAAAAAGGCAAACCUUGUGUAUGAGCUACUCUUAGGGACUGAGGUUGUUCACGAGUAUGUUAAUGGGUUGAAGUUCAGUAUCUCACCCGAAGCAUUCUUUCAAGUCAAUACACUAGCCACAGAGACACUAUACAGUACCAUUGCUGAUCUAGUGUCUGGUAUAUCUCCUGGCGUCUCUACUCCUCCUGUCCUGUAUGAUAUCUGUUGUGGUACAGGUACAAUAGGUUUAAGCGUAGCAAAGACAGUACCUUUAUCACAAGUUAUUGGUAUAGAGUUGAAUGAGCAGGCUGUUAAAAACGCUGAACACAAUGCAGUUUUAAAUGGUAUUAAAAAUUGUCGCUACAUGUGCGGUCGUGCUGAGGAUGUCAUUCCAUCUCACAUGCUAGAGUCUUAUGGUAUUGAUGAUGCCAUUGCUGUUGUUGAUCCUCCUAGGAGCGGACUCCACCCUAAAGUGAUUCAGGCCAUCAGGCGUAACAAAAACAUUAAAAAUCUCAUAUACGUCUCGUGUGAUCCUGACAGACUAGAGCACAACAUAGCAGAUCUGUGUCGAGAGCCUUCUCAUCGAAUCAAAGGAUUACCGUUUCGACCAGUUAAGGCUAUUCCUAUAGACCUAUUCCCUCACACUGACCACUGUGAAGUAGUUCUCCUCUUUGAGAGACUGAAGCAAGAUGGAGGGAAGGAGGCAAUGGGAGGAGAGAAGAGCGAGGAGGAAGAGAAAGAGAGAGAGAGUGAGGAGGACUUUCGUACAGAAAAAGACCUCGAACCUGUUGGUUUAACUAGUGAGAAAUUGUCACCUCAAAAAUCAUGUAAAUAGUAUCAUGAUGAUAAUAAUAAUAACAACAACAAUAAUGAUGAUAAUAAAUAAUAGUGAUGACCAUGCAUCGUAAUAUGUACAUAGUGAUAUUGAAAAUACAUGUAGCAACUUAUUUUAGGAAAAAAACAUUAUGAUAAUAAACAGGGUUAAUAUAAUUUGUGUCAAUUGUAAGUAUUUAUGUCUAUUUUAGU